GGCUGAAGGUAGAUGGCUGCAAAAAGAACAAUGCCCCUAAAAUAACCCUGUGUAGCAAUUAGGACACAACAAGUGAAAUCGAGGUCCGUAUCUUUAGCGUAAGGAAAGUACAAGAUGUCUGUUGAAAUAGACGAAGAAACGGAGUCCAGUGUCGGGUUUCUUUAUCGUGCAAUGUUGGACAGAGAUCCUAAGAAGCGGAGGGUUAAACCUGUUCAGAAACAUAUGAUGCAGUUGGAUUUUGGCCCAGAUGACAGUUCUGGUGAUGAAGACUAUGAAGGAGAAGAGUUCACAGACUCGGAAGAGGACAGCGAUGAUUCCACGAGUAAAGGGUCCCCCAGAGCAGCUGCUGAGGACGUGGAGGAUUGCAGCGAGGAGGAUAUUGAGGAUGAGUCAGAUGAGGACGAGGAGGAAGAGGAAGGAGAGGAAGAAUCCAUUGCUGGCUUGAUAGAGAGAGCAAGACAGAUGUCAGACCAGUUAAAAGUAGAAGGAAAAUCUGGGCUAGCUUCCAGCAAAGUCAAGAUUUGCAUCUGUUGCGUUUGCUUGGGAGAGUCGAGUGACGAAGAAGAUGAGAUUGUGGAAUGUGAUGGCUGUGGGGUGUCGGUCCACGAAGGUUGCUAUGGCAUCAGCGAAUCCCAUUCCAUUGCCAGUACGGAGUCUUCAGCCAGCACUGAGCCAUGGUUUUGCGAUGCUUGUAAAGCUGGAGUGAGACCUAGCUGCGAACUGUGCCCCAAUUCUGGUGGAAUCUAUAAAGAGACAGACACAGGGAGAUGGGUCCAUAUUGUAUGUGCCCUGUACAUUCCUGGGGUUGCCUUUGGUGACGUUGAUAAGCUGAGUCCAGUGACACUAUUUGAAAUGUCCUAUUCGGUGUGGGGAGCCAAGGCGUGUAGUAUCUGUGAAGACGAGAGGUUUGCCAGAACUGGGGUGUGUAUUAGCUGUGACGCUGGCAUGUGCCGCACCUAUUUCCAUGUAACAUGUGCCCAGAGGCAAGGCUUGCUGUCUGAAGCAUCCCCAGAUGAGGACAUUGCAGAUCCCUUUUAUGCCUACUGUAAAGUGCAUGCAGAUAAAUUUAGCGUCAAAGCCAAGAAACGUAACUGGUUGGCCAUUCAGUCCCGUGUUAAACAACAUGCUGAAGAAGGCAAAAACCUGGACAACAAAGAAAAGGUUGGACCAUAUAAACUGAGGGUUGAGAGAAAACUAAGAAGGCACAGGCAGAAGUUUUUAGCUGCUAAGGCCAAAAGACCACCACCAUGGGUUCCAAAAGAAAAGAUUCCACGUUUUCUGACAACAAGCCCUGCAGCUGUGAGGAGAAUGAUGAAGAAAGCAGAGUUGCUGGGAAUCAAUCCACAGGUUCCUAAUUCUGCCUGCAGUAAAGGAGAGCACAAAACUAGAUGGCAUAUUGCCCCAGCUUUAUCAGCGGAGUUUGCCAGUUACUAUUUGGAUCGUAAUGUUAAGAUGUCCAACAUUAAAACUCAGAUGAAAGAACUUCUUGUUCAAAACAACAAACUUCAGGAUCAAGAAAGAAUCCUAAGGCUCCAAUAUGAUCAGGUAUCUAGUGAUGGGAAACAGCUAAAUGCCAUUAACAGUCGCCUGAGACACGAAGCAGAAAAACUGCAGAAGAUUCUUGGAGAUAUAUUGGGCAAGAAACUACCCGUGCCAGAGGUUUUGAAGCCCAAGAAAGUGAUCAGGUCACCUACUCGAAGAGAGACGCCUCGCUCUCCACCACCCAUCAUACACCCGUGUGGGAUCUGCAAGACCAGCCGUGACCAGCACCUGCUUGCCAAGUGUGACUCGUGCAAAAAUCAUUACCAUCUGGGCUGUCUCGAUCCACCACUCACCAGGAUGCCCAAGAAGACGAAAUUACAGGGCUGGCAGUGUUCCGAGUGCGUGGAUUCCAGUAAUGAUGACUCUGAGAACAUGGGAAUAGAUUCCAAGGCACCUAUGCGACUGCGAGACAAAAUCAAAGCUCCAGUCAAGUUCACCCCGCCUCAUUUGCAGCCAGACUUCUUCAAGAAUAAGAGAGACAAGAAAAAAUACCCGAAAUCUAAAAAGAAAAUCCCAGCUAAACGCAAACUGGAGGAAGGGGAAGAAGAGGCCACAAAAGAUGAACCUAAGUCUGAAGAUGUGCAGCCAAUGCCACCAAAGAAACCCAAAGCCUCUUAUGUGAAGAAGGUGAAGAAAGUUGACGUCAGGACCGAGUGCAGUGUCUGCAACUUACCAGGGACAAAUGGUAAUCUUGUCAGGUGUGACAUGUGUAAGCUUUGCUUCCACUUCGAAUGUCUCGACCCUCCCCGGAAAAAGACACCCAAGCAGCGGGGUUACUCCUGGCACUGCGAGGCCUGCGAUUCUGGAGAAGAUGAAUCUGAGGAGGAAGAGAUGGACGUGGAAAAUGAAAAUGAAGAAGAGAACACCAAGCAGGAGAAAAUCGACAAGGGGAGCUCCCCAUCUAAGGUCAAAGGUCACAGCCCAGAGAUCAGUCAAGAAGGCAGCGCCAAAAAGAAAAGCUCUCCUGCUGGUGGAGAAGGUCGUAGGUCAAAGUCGCCCAAAGGUCACCCAAAGGUCAAAGGGAAGGAAUCGCCAGCAAAAAGCGAGGAAAGCAAAAAAAGGAAACAGACCACACCUACCAAGUCUGACGAUGUGGAAGAACAUGAUGUGCCCGUUUGUACCAAGAAAAAAGGCCCCUCUGGUUCACCAGGUUCCAGCACAAGGCCAACCUCUCCCAAAUCUUCAGAGACAUCAGAUGGUAAAAAGGAUUCAGCAGACAAAGUUAGUCCCAAAAGAGCCAAAAGCAUGUCCCCAAAAGGGGAAGGGAAUAAUAAAAGGAGCAAGACCCCAACCAAAAGUAAUUCUCCAAAAUCUACAAGUCCUGGCAUUCUUAUAUCACCUUCUAAAGACCUUCUUCUCAAAGCAAAACCAGUUAUUGAGGUGGAGGAUAUAAAAAGUCCAAGUAAAGUUAAAAGGGAAAGGAACCCAGCUGUAUUAACUGAGUCAAGUCCCAAAAGGAAGACAGGUGCUGGGAAUAAGUCACCUAAAAUGUCAAAAAGUCCUGAAGAAGGAAAGAAAUCUGCAAAAACAACCAGUCCCAAAGUCAAAACUAAAAAAGAAAGCCAAGGUCAGGUCAAGGUCACACCUGAUAAGAGUCCAUCAAAAGAAGACAAAAUACCACAAGAGUUGGAGCCUCUGGAUACUAAAACAGGAGAAUUAAGAAAAAGCCCUGGAGAAAAAAUAGAACAUGGGAAUAAGAAAGAUCUGCCUAAAAUUCACCAAGAACCAAAGGCUUCCCCAGAGAAGAAGUCUAAAAGUAAGGCCUCAAAACUUCCAGAGACUGCAAAGUUAGUUGAUGAAGGAGAUGAUGAAGGAAAAGCUGCCCAGGGAAGUUCAGCAAAAACUACACCCCCUGCUGGAAAAGGGAAAGGUACAAGAAACAAAACACCAGACAGAAAGAAAACAGGCAAAGGUGAAAGUGUCGGAAAGAGUGCAAAGCAGAAAAGUCCAGACGGUAAGAAACUUGCCAAAGAAGACAAUGAUGAAAAGAAUGGAAAAAUGAAAACACAUGAUGUAAAGAAACCUGAGAAAGAUGAAUAUGUGCAAAAAGGAUCAGAUCCCAAGAUUCCAGAGGGAAAGAAACUUGGAAAAGAUGACAGUGGAAAAGAGAAGGAUUCACAACCCCCAGCAUCAAGGAAAAAGACAGAAAAUGUUAUGUCAAAAAAAGUUGAUGAGUUCUCUGACAAGGAAGAAAUGGAAGGUACUAAAAAAACAGAAGAGUAUGACCCCCUCCCAAAACCGACUUCAAGGAAGGUAGAUGAAAAUGAAGAUGAAAAGAAAAAUGUUCUGCCUGAGGCAUACAAGCUGUGUUCUGAAGAAGCUUCAGCUUGUCCUGGGGCAAAAGAAUCGAUGCCAUGUGACCAAGAGGAGCCCAAGUCUAAGCAAGUAAAGCCUUUGGUUCCAGAUGCUAAAGAGGACCAGGAAAUUAAAACUGAUGAAAACCACUAGAUUUUUCACAGAUUAUUGCAUGAUUAAACUAAAACGGAACUUUUAAGGUUUAUCAUAGCCUCUUGUGCAAUGUCAGUGAUUAAAAAAUUUAAUUUUUUCUUAAGAGACUAAGCAAUUUUACAUAUUUUUUUUCUUUUUGGAAGUUUUGUUUAUUUAUUUAUUUAUUAUUUUUUUUUUUUUUUUGUGAGGAUUGAAUUUUUCUCAGUGCAUUUAAUAUUAAACGAAGUGAAUUAUUUUCCUCAAGCGUGCUGAAGUGCUUCAAAGCAAAAAAAGAAGGGUCUGCUUGGAUAUUGUUUUAACUCCAGAACUUGUAUGCAGGAAAAUAUUUUUUUAAAAAUUGCUUUCGUAAAUUGUUCUCCUUUGCAUUUAUUUUGUGCAACAAACAAAUCCCUUAAAUUUAUGCGAUAUUUGUCAAUAUUUUACCUGGCACUUCCCAAUAUGUAAACAGUUCUGCUACUGAUGUUUGAGUUUAUUAAACGUUAGCUGAUUCAUUUACUAUUUAUACAUGUACUAUAUUACACAUAACAUUGUUUUUUAAUUUUUUUUCCUUAACCACUG